AUAAGAGGAUCUUUUCAAACCGGGUAUGGGCGCAAAUACACGAGAACCCAUACAUAUCAAAUUGAAGCAGGAUGCCAAACCUCAGUUUCGAAAGCCCCGUCAAGUUCCAUAUGCGUUGUUACCCUUAGUGGAAGAAGCCCUAGACGACAUGGAACAACAAGGAAUAAUAACUAAAAUCGAGCAUUCCGAGUGGGCAACACCAAUAGUCAGUAUCAAGAAACCCAACGGUAAAGUCCGGAUUUGUGGCGAUUACAAGGACACGGUAAAUUUAGCCACUGAGACAGUGACAUACCCCCUACCGAUCUUUGAACGAUUGCUGGCGGGAGUGAGCGGAUGCGUAAAGUUUUCCACGCUAGAUUAUUGACAAGCGUAUCAACAUUUACCGGUCGAUGAGGAUACAGCGAAGUUACUCGCCAUAAACACACAUAGAGGCUUAUACAAGGUCAACAGAAUGCAAUUCGGCGUUAACGUGGCAGCGUCUAUAUUUCAACGUUAUAUGGAAGAAUUAUUGGCAGGAAUUCCAGGCGUCAUACCAUUUUCCGACAAUAUUUUGGUCGCAGGUACCAAGGAGAAUCACGACAGUCGCUUGCAAGAAGUACUUAACCGGAUUAAGAACGACAACGCUCGGAUCAACAAGGAUAAGAGUCAGUUCGGUGUACCGGCAGUAGAAUUCCUAGGUUAUCGUAUAACUGCCAAGGGCAUACAACCAUUGGAGAGUAAGGUGGAAGCUAUCAAAGAGGCCAGAGCUCCACAAAACAAAACAAAAUUAUUAGCGUUUUUGGGUCUUCUUAAUUUUUACCAUCGAUUUUUGGCUGGCGCCACACAUGUAUUGGAACCGUUACAUCGUCUACUGGAUCGCGAUAAGGAGUUCAGAUGGGCAAAGCAAGCAGUAACGGCAUUCCAGCAUGCCAAGGAGUUAUUGCAAUCCCACUAGGUACUUGCUCAUUAUGACGUUCAUAAACCAUUAAUAUUAGCUUGUGAUGCGUCACCGUAUGGAGUUGGAGCAAUCCUUAGUCACAUCGAGGCAGAUGGCACGGAAAGGCCCAUCGCAUACGCUUCAAAAACACUUAACGCAGCACAGCGUAAUUAUGCACAAAUUGAUCGAGAGGCAUUUGGAAUAAUAUUCGGCAUAACUAAGUUCCACAAUUAUUUAUAUGGACGUACAUUUCGAAUAUAUACAGAUCAUAAGCCUUUAUUGGGUAUAUUAUCGCAGGGCGCACCAACACCGCCCAUGGCAUCGCCCCGUAUGAUUCGCUGGUGCGAAUUAUUAUCGGCUUAUGAUUACGACUUGCAGCAUCGACCAGGCAAGCAUAUGGGGAACGUAGACGCACUCAGCCGUCUACCGUUACCAACGCAGGAUAUCGGCAUGACCAAGAUGAUCGACAUUGCGUUACUUGAAAAUGCCCCAGAAUGGAACAUCGAUGCAUUCAUCGUAGCACAACAGACGAAAAAGGAUCCAACACUCUCACGCGUAUUGAGAUGGGUCACGCAUGGUUGGCCAGACCUACGGAAGGAAACAGUUCCAGCCAUAUUAUCUCCGACGAGAUGAACUAUCGACGUACAAAGGAUGUCUUUUAUGGGGAAAUCGGGUUGUAAUACCCAAGACAAUACGUUCGCGAGUCAUUCAAAUGUUCCACGAGGAACAUCCAGGCAUCGUGCGAAUGAAGGCAUUGAUGCGAGACUAUGUUUGGUGGCCAAAAAUGGACACGGAAGUGGAACGAUGCGUUAAUGCAUGCACAACAUGCCAGGCGACACGAAAGGAACCGCCUAAGGCACCCUUGCUACCAUGGGAACGCACAAGGAAUCCCUGGACGCGUCUUCACAUGGAUUUUGCAGGACCGUUCCGUGGUCAGACAUUUUUAGUCGUUGUCGACUCAUAUUCCAAAUGGUUGGAGGUAUUCCCCAUGGCAUCGACGACGUCAAGAGCAGUCAUCGGCGAAUUGCGGAAAUUAUUCGCAACGCACGGAUUACCGCAAGUUAUAGUGUCAGAUAAUGGCACGGCAUUUAAUUCAGAGGAGAUGCGGAAUUUUGCCGCCGCUAAUGGAAUUCGGCUUUCUUUUAUCCCAGCAUAUCACCCCGCCUCUAACGAACAGGCGGAAUGCAUGGUUCAAGAAACAAAGAAUAAUUAGAAAUGGAUAACGCAAGGUGAUUGGCAGACACGAUUGGCCAAAUUCUUGUUAUAUAAUCACAUAACUCCAUCCACCGCAACAGGCAAAUCACCAGCCGCAAUGUUAAUGAAUCGUCAACUACGGUCGUUAUUAGACAAGAUUCAUCCGGACACCGGGGUGGACAAGGAGGACAUCGAUUGUACAUUGAGAGGUCGUUCUUUCAGUGUAGGUUCUUUCAGUGUAGGAGAUGUAGUUCAUGCCAGCGUUGCCAGGUCGUUUCGAAGGUUGUCCCCAAAUGCGUAUCUGAAAAUCCUCCAAAAUCCCCUAAGACUAGAAACAAAUUCCCUAAAUUUUCCCCCAAUAGGUUAAAGAGCUAGGCAAGGUCUACAACAAAAGAAAUUAAAUUGAAAUGUAAGUAUAUUAGAAAAUACAAAAUAUUAUAAUGUUACAGAGUGGAGUGAGUAAGCAAACUACGAAGGAACUAUUAUAUAUUAAGAAAAUAAAUAUGUAAUAAUACACACACACACACACACACAUAUAUAUAUAUAUAUAUAUAUAUAUGAUAUUAAUAUGAAUAUAUAUAAACUAGCAGGGUUAUAUUAAAGGAUCAUCUUAUAAAUUAAAAAUUUCAAAUAUUAAAAUUUCUACAUUGGAAAUUACAAAUCUUAAAAGUAAAAACUAUACGAUAUAUAUAUAUAUAUAUAUAUAUAUAUAUAUCGUAAUAUAUAUCGCUAAAAAGUUUUAUUGUAUAAUUUCAAAUAAUUCUAAGAUUUCCAAAUCGUUGUUAAGAUUAGUGUCACCAUACAUUGAUAUGUUGAAUUUUUCGAUCAUCGAUGUAGUUGGUUCGAAAUCUACACAGGUAAUAUUUUUACUUUUCAAGUAAUAUCUAAUUCUCAUUAGAGCUUCUGCCAUAUCUACAGAAAGUCGAUUUCUUAAUUUACAUUUUAUUAUAUUAUAGGUGGAAAAUGCUCUUUCUACGGUUGCAUUGGAAAUUGGUAAUGAAAGUAAUCCUAAUGCUAAUCUACUAAUAUUUUCCAGCACUAUCUUUAUCAUUAUAUACUUCUGACCAAAAUUGUAAGUAAUUCUCUGUUUCAUUCCAUACUUUAUUAGAAAUUAAAUCCCAUUCUGAUUGGCAGUGUUCUACAAAAAACCUAAGAAAAAUAAAAUAAAAUAAAAUUAAAUUAAAUUAAAUUAAGAGACGUACACAUUAACUCUGGAUCUUUCUCCCAAGCUUUAUUAUAAAAUUGUGUGUAUUUCUUUUUGUUCAUCUUGCAAAAUAUUUUAGACAAUUUUAGCACGAUGCACGAAUAUUUCUAUCUGUUGUAGACAUAUUGUAAAAACGUUUGUAACUUGUUUUAUUACUAUUCUUAUAUAAGAUGUUAGGCUUUUAUUUAUAAAAGUAUUGGUUCCCGCAUACAGGGCGCAGCAAAGCUUGCCGCGUGGCGGACUUCAAAAAGUCCCCUCCUAAACUUAUUAUUCCCCUAAACAAUCCCCAGGGAAAAUUAAAAAACCCCAAAUUUGGGGGAAAAUCCCCCAACUUGGCAACACUGGUUCACGCUCGAAAUUAUACAUACAUCAGGCGAGAAAUGGAAGGACGGUUACGUUAUAGAAAAUACCGGCCCGCGCUCAUACACAGUGAGGUUGCCGGACAGACGGAUUUGGAAACGUCGUAUAGAUCAGUUACGACGACGAGAGGUUCGCCUAGAGGAGGACAGUUACGAGAAAACAUCACCACAAAGCAUGACGACCCUGGAGUCACACACUCUGGCAGCACCAGAUCCGACGGCAGAGGAGCAGCCUAUCAUCGAGCCGCCGAUUCCGCUCUCGGAAUCAAUACAAUUUACUCUGACCAAUCAGGAAAAUAUCGCAAUCACGUGAUCAUUGGCGCAUCUCUGUUAUACUAUAGGAUCUCUAGUUUGUGUGGUUAGUUUCUAAGUACGAACCUAUUUUGAAGAAAAUUUAGCUGUUUGCUCGGUCGCGCCAAUCACUGUUUGAUGGUCGUUGAGGCUUGUUGUCUCCAGCGACUUUCGGUAGUGUUACCGGUUAUUUUUCUGUCAAAAAAUAACUAUGUAAUUCGGCACUUGAGGAGGACCCAAAGUGGGAACCCAAAAGGUCGAAACGUUGUGCGUUUAACAUCUAAUAAAUAGCCGGGAUUGGUCGUGCUACUA